AUGGCUUCCAAGAAGAAGUGGUCUGAGCGGAGGGAGUUGCGCAGGGAUCGGCCGUUCUCCACCAGGGAUGAUUCAUCUGUUGCCUCUGGGACAUCUGGGCCAGGGCGUCCCACCACCAGGGGGCGUUUCUCAGAGUCGUGGAAGAGGAUCAGCUCCAGAGGAGGGUCCACCAAGAGGGGGGCGCUCAACUCUCAGCAGCCACCGGCACAGAAAUCGUGGAUAGAAAGAGCGUUCAGCAAGAGAGAAUGUGUUCGUAUCAUAGUGAGCGCCAAAGACCCCCAUAGGUGCUGUUGUGGUCGUCUGAUAGGUCAGCAUGUGGGCUUGCCCCCGGGCAUCUCAUCCAGUCAGAAUGAUAAGGCAGAGCGUUUGGCCAAGAAUGACAGCCUGUCAGAGAAGUGGUCGAUCAGCAAACACACACAGCUCAGCCCCACUGAUGCCUUCGGCACCAUUGAGUUCCAGGGAGGAGGACACUCCAACAAAGCCAUGUACGUGCGAGUGUCUUAUGACACCAAGCCUGACCUGCUGCUCCACCUGAUGACCAAGGAGUGGCAGCUGGAUCUGCCCAAGCUGCUCAUCUCAGUCCACGGGGGUCUGCAGAACUUUGAAUUACAGCCCAAACUCAAACAGGUCUUUGGUAAAGGGCUCAUCAAGGCGGCCAUGACGACAGGAGCAUGGAUCUUCACCGGCGGGGUCAACACAGGAGUGAUUCGUCAUGUGGGUGAUGCAUUGAAAGACCACGCCUCCAAGUCAAGAGGGAAGAUCUGCACGAUUGGCAUUGCUCCUUGGGGCAUUGUCGAAAAUCAAGAGGAUCUUGUUGGCAAAGAUGUGGUGCGUCCAUACCAGACCAUGUCCAACCCCAUGAGCAAGUUGACGGUUCUAAACAGUCUCCACUCCCACUUCAUCCUGGCAGACAAUGGCACCACGGGAAAGUACGGCGCUGAGGUCAAACUGCGACGUCAGCUCGAGAAACACAUCUCCCUGCAGAAAAUAAACACACGGAUUGGUCAGGGUGUGCCGGUGGUGGCUCUGAUCGUAGAGGGAGGCCCUAAUGUGAUCUCCAUUGUGCUGGAAUACCUCAGGGACACACCUCCCGUCCCUGUGGUGGUGUGUGACGGCAGCGGCAGGGCCUCAGACAUCUUGGCCUUUGGACACAAAUACUCUGAGGAGGGAGGCAUAAUUAACGAGUCUCUAAGAGACCAGUUGCUGGUGACCAUCCAGAAGACUUUCACCUACAGCCGCACACAGGCCCAACAUCUGUUCAUCAUUCUCAUGGAGUGCAUGAAGAAGAAGGAGCUGAUAACAGUUUUCCGGAUGGGGUCGGAGGGUCAUCAGGACAUUGACCUUGCCAUCCUUACUGCAUUGCUCAAAGGUGCCAACGCUUCAGCUCCUGACCAGCUCAGUUUGGCUCUGGCUUGGAACAGAGUGGACAUCGCCCGCAGUCAAAUCUUCAUCUACGGACAGCAGUGGCCUAUCGGUUCCCUGGAGCAGGCGAUGCUGGAUGCCUUAGUUCUGGACAGAGUGGACUUUGUCAAGCUCCUGAUUGAAAAUGGUGUCAGUAUGCAUCGUUUCCUCACGCUUUCCAGACUGGAGGAGCUCUACAACACGAGACAUGGACCGUCCAACACGCUGUUCCACCUCGUCAGAGACGUCAAAAAGGGAAACCUGCCCCCGGACUACCGCGUCAGCCUCAUAGACAUCGGACUUGUCAUUGAAUACCUCAUGGGCGGGGCAUAUCGUUGCAACUACACCAGGAAGAGAUUCAGAACUCUGUACCACAACCUCUUUGGACCCAAGAGACCCAAAGCCCUGAAACUGCUGGGGAUGGAGGAUGACAUGCCCAUCCGCAGAGGCCGCCAGAAGACGACACGCAAACGAGAGGAGGAAGUGGACAUCGAUUUGGACGACCCCGAAAUCAAUCACUUCCCUUUCCCCUUCCAUGAGCUCAUGGUGUGGGCCGUGCUCAUGAAACGUCAAAAGAUGGCGCUGUUCUUUUGGCAGCAUGGCGAAGAGGCCAUGGCCAAGGCCUUGGUCGCGUGUAAGCUUUGUAAGGCCAUGGCCCACGAAGCCUCCGAGAACGACAUGGUGGAUGACAUUUCUCAGGAACUAAACCACAACUCCAGAGAGUUUGCCCAGCUGGCAGUGGAACUCCUAGACCAGUCCUAUAAGCAGGACGAGCAGAUGGCGAUGAAGCUCCUGACGUACGAGCUGAAGAACUGGAGCAACGCCACCUGCCUGCAGCUGGCGGUAGCGGCCAAACACAGAGAUUUCAUCGCUCACACCUGCAGUCAGAUGCUGCUGACCGACAUGUGGAUGGGACGCCUGCGCAUGCGCAAGAACUCGGGCCUGAAGGUAAUCUUAGGGCUGCUUCUGCCGCCGUCCAUCCUGAGUCUGGAGUUCAAGAACAAGGAUGAGAUGUCCUACAUGCCUCAGGAUCAGGAGACCUAUCUGCAGGAGAAGGAGGAGGAGGAGCCUGAGAAACCAGUCAAGGAGAAGGAGGAGGAAGACAUGGAGUUCACAGUAAGAUCUUACUGUGAGGCGCAGUACAACUCCGUGGCAAUGCUGGGUAACGUAGCCACAGAGACAUCCAGAAAGAAGGAUGUUGAGGAGGUUCAGAAACGCCACCGCCUCAUCCCCUUGGGACGCAAGAUAUACGAGUUCUACAACGCUCCAAUUGUCAAGUUCUGGUUCCAUACGAUGGCAUACGUGGGCUACCUGAUGUUGUUCAACUACAUUGUCCUGGUCAAGAUGGACCUGUGGCCCUCUACACAAGAGUGGAUCGUCAUCGCUUACAUCUUCACCAACGGCAUUGAGAAGAUGAGAGAGAUCCUGAUGUCAGAGCCAGGGAAGUUGUUGCAGAAGGUGAAGGUUUGGCUUCAGGAGUACUGGAACAUCACAGACCUCAUGGCCAUCCUCAUAUUCUCCGUCGGCAUGGUUUUGCGUCUCCAGGAGCCGCCGCUCAUGAGCUACGGGCGGGUCAUCUAUUGCGUCAACAUCAUCUAUUGGUACAUCCGGCUGUUGGACAUCUUUGGGGUCAACAAGUACCUGGGUCCCUAUGUGAUGAUGAUUGGCAAGAUGAUGAUCGACAUGAUGUAUUUUGUGAUCAUCAUGUUGGUGGUGCUGAUGAGUUUUGGGGUGGCGCGUCAGGCCAUCCUCAACCCUAAUGAAGACCCGUCCUGGAUGCUAGCUAGGAACAUCUUCUUCAUGCCUUACUGGAUGAUCUACGGAGAGGUGUUUGCCGACCAGAUUGACCCCCCCUGUGGGCAGAACAUCACUACAGAUGAUGGGGGGGUGGUGGCCCUGCCUCCCUGUAAGACGGGCGCCUGGAUUGUCCCAGCCAUCAUGGCCUGCUAUCUGCUGGUGGCCAACAUACUGCUGGUCAACCUUCUCAUAGCCGUGUUCAACAAUACAUUCUUCGAGGUGAAGUCCAUCUCCAACCAGGUUUGGAAGUUCCAGCGCUACCAGCUCAUUAUGACCUUCCAUGAGCGCCCGGUCCUUCCUCCACCCCUCAUCAUCUUCAGUCACAUAACUAUGGUCCUCAAACAUCUGUGUUGUCGCUGGCGCAAGCAUGACGAUGACGAGAGGGACUAUGGACUGAAACUUUUCAUCACAGAGGAUGAGCUGAAGAAAGUCCACGACUUUGAGGAGCAAUGCAUAGAAGAGUACUUCAGAGAGAAGGACGACCGGUUCCACUCCUCCAACGAUGAGAGGAUCAGAGUCACUUCUGAAAGGGUGGAGAAUAUGGCAAUGCGUCUGGAGGAAGUCAACGAAAGGGAACACUUCAUGAAGGCCUCACUGCAGACCGUUGACAUUCGUCUGGCCCAAAUGGAGGAGCUGAUUGGACGAAUUGCCGUAGCACUGGAGCGUGUGACAGGCGUUGAGCGUGGAGAGGUCAACAAAGUACGUUCCCGGACUUCAUCUGACUGCACAGACUCGGCAUACAUACUCCGCCAGGGUGAGUGCCCAGAAGCAGCAUACAUCCUCCGUCAAAGCAGCUUUAACAGCACAGAAGGGAAUAGCUACCGCCUGCAGGAGGCACUGGAGGGAACAGCUGAGGGCUCCAUGUCGCCUCCUUCUCCUACUGCCAUGGCUGCACGGACAAGGAGCCACUCAUUUUAUGUCGGUCGUGGUGUUGAUCGUGCACGCGGAGUUGAACGAGCUGAGAGCUUCUUCAAAGAACGCUCGUUCAGUCUCCAUCGAGCCAACAGCUCACAAUCAGUGUCCUCAGGUACUGCCCCCAAGGAGUCUAAGCCCCUCCCCCUGGCGACGCUAUCGGUCUCCCAGCAGCACCGUCCAUCAUCAUGCAUUGAUAUCUAUGUCUCAACUUCUGAGGAGGUGGGGCCUGCAGAGGUCUUUCUGGAUCCUCUCCGAAUGAUCCCGCCGCUCCAGAGAGACUGCUCGCUGCAGUCGGAUAUCAUGGAAACGGUGCUGCCGGGAGGCCGGGACUUUGGCAGCGCUGCCCCCAGCGGUAUGGGCGACAGGCACUCGGAGGGUGGAGUAGGCAGCAGCGGAACAGCUGGAGCCAUGUUUGAUGACAGUGCAGCUGCUGAUUUGUCAUUGUGCUCAGCCCACCUCUUACCGGACCACGCAUCUCCUUGGGACAUGGAACCAUCCCCACCUCCCUCAGCAGGGCUGCUCGAGCGCUCUAAGAGCAGCCGCUACCUCUCUACAACAGGCACAGCAUUCCUGGAUGAGCACCCUUUGGUCAAGUCACACAGCCUCAUGUUCACACCACGAGGCUGCUACAGUGGACUGGGGGCAGGAGUCCAGGUAAAAGCUGCAGAGUACACCAGCAUUACUGACUGCAUUGAUACACGCUGUGUCUCAGCUCCAUACACUCCUGUAGAACGCUCACACUCCCCUGGAGGAUCCACCUCAUUCCCCUUUGAUAAGCCGUUAGACAUUGCUUCCGCUCACCCAGAGAGAGAGGCAGAGCUUAGCCACACAGAGUCUGAUCCAGACGACCCCGAGGACCUGAUUCCGACCCCUGAUACCCCUCGUCUAGGGGGCCUUGACGGGCCCAGUGGGGCCCCUUUCUGCUCCUCCUACUCCAGGCUGGAGCGAGCAAACAGCUGCUCCUCAGACGACUCCCAUCCUUCCCUCACGCUGGCCCCUCCACACCGGAAGAGCCUGUCGGUGAGUGAGAGGAUGGAGAGGGGACAGGGUCUUGGGGCAGACAGGGGGCCUGGGCCGGGGGGCCGGGGUCUGGCAGGAACCAGAAACCCCUUCCUCAGGAGCAAGUCUGGAGCAAGGCCUGAACCAGCGAAGACUGACAGCCUCUCCAUGAGGAAGCUGGCCACGCCGUCAGCUUUCCGCAGCUUUGAUAGACAAAACUACACGUGACAAGAACACUGGUCAGCACACUCACACACUGAUAGGACCAGGGAGGAAAACUGAAAGGGCCAAGGGGUUAAAAGUGAAAGCGGGGUGAAGUUGCCCAUAGAUGCUGAUCUGGACCAGAUCUACAGUUUUUUUCCACUUACGUUUUAGGUUAGAAAAGGUGGUAAAAGUGUAUUCAUAGUUAUGCUGGAGGGCAACUUUACUCUAGAUCAGGUGUCAGGGGGAACAGGAUGGGGGAUGUAGGGGUCCUACUGCACACCAGUCAAAAACAAAGAGCUAUGAAUCUAGAGUAGUUUUUACCUCCUCUUGUAGCUAAGUAACUCUUAAUGGGGUGUUAUGGCAAUGGAAGGUGUAUUUGUACUGUAUGUCUUCCACCCACUAACUUUACAUCAAGUAGACACAUGUCACUGUGUUACAUCACAUAUCAAUCACGUAAGUCAGAGAAAGUAUACUGUUACUCCUAGCCGCAUUAUAUGGUGGAAACUGUCAAGUCUGAGAGACAAAGAGGAGAAAGAAAGACACCACCUCAUUUUGUCUUAGCAUAGAGUCAUUAUUGUCGCAGAAACUUUCGCUUUAAAUACAUUAUCCUCUCUUCAUAUAAUCUUAACUCCACUCUGUAAGACCCCAGCACUUGCAAACAGACAGAAGCUAACACUUCGGACUACUUUUUAAAGGAAUCAGUGAAGUGUUUUGGAACUAUUUCCUCUCUUGGUUGCACUGGAAAUGAUUGCAGUAACAUGGCAACAACUUACCUCUAGAUACACAAAUACACCUUUCAAAUAAUCAAUAUUUAUCUCUUUUUUUCUCUAAGGUAUAUCAAGUUUUCCUUUCGUUGUCUUGCGUUUUAUAGCAUAAUUUAUCUACCGAACUGUUUCUUUUGUCAGUCAAGCUAGAAAAAGAAAACAGUGUUUGAACAUACUCCAGUCAGAAGGUCAUUACUGUCUCACAAGUCUCGUGUCAUGGCUUACAAGUGUCAGCAGAUUGUAUCUGCAGUAGAAACUGAGUUUGAGUCGCCCACGUCAUAAGAGUGAAAAGCUAAAGGUUAUCAGGAAAAAGUGAGAAAGUAUGUGAGUUUUACAACUGAUGAUCGAGGCAUUAAUCUAUAUCAGGAAAAUAAAGGAAAGGAUUCAGAAGAGUUUAAUUUAGUUCAUGUAGACAUCACAUGCAUAUUCAAAUGUCUACACACACACAUACACACUGUCAGUGAAGUCCUACAUAAUACAGGAAAAAAAAAAGUCUAGUUCAGACCUGAUCUCUGAGAGCUUUACCAAGUGCAAUUGCAAAUAAUGGGGACAAUAGGGGGCCUGUGAGCCUAAUUCAGAAGCAAUGCUUGCUGGGUGAACCUGAUGUGAACAUGCUUUACCUGCACCUGACACCAAAAAUCCUUACAUUCAAUGAAUCAUUGCUCUCGUGUAGCCCAACCCUUCAACUUCAGGUUUUGACGGUGGCAUUAUGUUGCAAUGGUUUAACACCCACCUUACACCUAAUGUAUCCGUCCUUCAUGUACUCAAUAACUGUCCUUCAUUUGCUUUUCUCCUUUAUUUUGUUAGAUGCAUUCAAAGCCAGAUGCUGCAAAAGGAGACUUUAAUAGAAAUAAAUUGCCCGAUGACUAAGUCCAUUAUAAAUCACAUACAGGUCAAGAAGAGUUCCUAAAGAAAGAGCUCAUUCAUGAAUUUAUCUUAAAAAAAAAAAAAAAAAAAGCUUGAAAUAAGCUGUCAAAUAUAUGCAUUCUCGCUGAGA